CUGUAAUUGUUGUCAUGGAGAGUCGCUGCCAUAGAAACCGUGUGCGGUGUGUCGCGAGCGCGGUGUAGAGAGGUUGGCAGUGAGUGCGGCUCGUGAGACUGGAAUUAAAUAAAGCCGGUUUAAAGUCACUGCUGUUUCAGUGUUACAGACAUGAAGCGGCUGUGUGUGUGUGAAAUCUGCAACUGCGGACGCCACUGUUGCACACAAGAGCCCACGGCACUCUACAGGAAGGGCAGCCAGGGUUGUGUGGUGAGUGAGUACACUGAGAAAUACCCAGGCUACAAGAGUUAUCAGCCACCCAAGAGUCUUAAGCCCAAACAGGAAAAAAAGAGUAGCCGUGAACCGAUGGAGGGAACCACCACCUUCAGGUCUGAUUUCGUUCUGUAUAAAGUGAGCCAGCGCCCUGGAAAACAAAGGGCUGAAUACAAACCUAAUCCAGGUGAGAUUGACUUGGCCACUACCUACAAGCAGGAGUUUAGCCCUUAUAAGCUAGAGCCUGUUAUACCGUGGCGUCCAAAGGAGAGGAUACAAGGUGCUACCGGGAAGCUGGACACAGUACCAACCUAUAAAGAACAUUUCCGUCAGUGGGAAAUUAGCAAGUGGGAGUCCCCCAAACACAAGGUGUCUUACCAUCCUCCAGCUGAGAAGUUUGGAAAUGCCACAACAUUCCAGGAUGAUUUCAUUCCACGAGGUCUUGUUCCACGUGAGAGCUUCAAACCUUCAAAUGUAGCCAAGCUGUCUGAUGCUCCUUUCGAUGGAGUGACCAGUAACCAGCUGAAUUAUAUCCCUCACCCAGUGGAAGUGCAUUUAGUCAAAGCACCUCAUGAGUACAAACCCAGUGACCAGCCUUUCCAAGACCUCACAACGCACCGGAAUGACUUCCAGGGCCUGGCAGGCCAAAUGCCUAAGAGCUGCAAGCCUGAGCACAUCAAAAUGUCCUGUGAUGCACCCUUACAGAGCAGCACUGAGUUCCGUGAUCGCUUCCAGCCGUGGGCUGCGUCUCCGACACGGCUGCAGAAAACGUUGGAGUACGUGAGUCCUACAGAGGAAAUGGAUCUAAACACGACAACUGGCACAACCUUCAUCAAACACCAUAUCCAGCCAUUCGUCUCCGCUAAGCCUCUGCCGAAGCCAAUUCGUUCCUCUGUUCCUUUUCAAGGCAACACCACCACGAAGGAGGAUUUUAAAGCCUGGAAAGCCCAGCGCCAAGAAAUGAUCCGCAAAGCCCCAGAAAUCCACAGAGACAGCGGGAAGAUGGAGGACAUGAGCACCUUUAAGGCCCAUUACAUCCAGCACCAACUGCAGCCCAAUAUCAGCUGCAAGCCGCUCACUGCCCCACUGCGGAGUGAAGCACCUUUGGAUGAAGAAACCACGUACCGCAAUGAGUUCACGCCCAAAGAGAUAAGAGUGUGUCCAGCCAGCUUGGAGUCAGUGCCGGGGUUUGUCUUUGAGAAGGUUGAUGACAGAGGUCACAGGUUCUUCCGUAAACUGAGCUCCCAGGAGCAGAUGUCUACAGGGUGUGAGGUGCAGGCUCCUAACGCAGUGGCCAUGGUGUCUUAAGAGCAAAGCUAGCUAAAGGAAAAAAAUAAUAAACUCAUCUCUCAUAACUUAAAGCUUAAUCAGUAUAUACGAUUGUUUUAAAAGGUAAAUCUAAGUGGCAUUAUGACAAGAUUAAUGAAAUGUAUUUAAAAAGGUAAGAAGUAUCAGAUUGAACAUCUUUAGACUAACAGUGUUGCCAUGAUGAAUGAAAAUGGUGGAAAGGUUUAAAUGUUUUAAAAGAAUUCAAACUGUAUAACAAUUAGAUAGACAGAAGUAAUUUAUAUGAAAUUGCGUAUGGUGAUUAUACUGGUGGGGGGAACGGAGGCUUAGUGGUUUGCCUCACACCUCCGGGGUUGGGGGUUCGAAUCCCGCCUCCCCCUUCAGGGGUUUCCUCCCGGUACUCCGGUUUCCUCCCCCAGUCCAAAGACAUGAGCUGUAGGCUGAUUGGUAUUUCCAAAUUGUCUGUAGUGUGUGAAUGGGUUUGUGAAUGUGUGUGCAGUGGUGCCCUGUGAUGGGUGUGUCCCUGAACACCUUGUGCCCCGAGUUCCCUGGGAUAGGUUCCAGGCUUCCUCAUGAUCCUGUGUAGCAUAAGCAGUAUGGAAAAUGGAUGGAUGGAUGGAUGGAUGGAUUAUAUUGCUCUGUACUAAAAUUCCAAUAUUCUUUAUGGUAUAUGAAACCACCGCUGGUAAGGUUCUUGAUGUGGCCUAAGAUUAAGUUUAAAAUAAUUAACCCCUCACUGCAAAUGUAACUAAUCAGCCAAGAUACUGUAUGUUUGGUCUCCAAAGUCAGCCUCUUUACUCAAUCCACCACAAAAUCACAAUCCAGUCAAGUUCAACCCCUAUCUGUUUUGGAUCAUGAGUUUGUCUGCUGAUUUGGAUUGUUAAUAAAUGGCUCGCACUUACAGCCAUCUGCCUCCGCCUCGUGACAACAACUUGAUGAUCAACAUCAAGAACAACUUGAUGUUGGCGGUGUAGCAUGAUUUACGUAUGUCACGUCAACAUAUAGGCUGCACACACAACAAAUAUAGCUACUUUACAAACUGAUAUAUUUCAGGUAAUGUUUCUGUCCCUCUACUGGCAGUGUAUGGAACAUACUAAAAGUCUAAAUGUCAAAAAAUAUUUAUGUGCCAAAAUGAUAUGCAAGCAAUGAUCAAAAUGAAAAAUAAACUCUUUCCCAAAAGUG